CGAAACGCACCGAGGCUGAGGAUCCGUCUCCAGCAGCAGCAGCAGCAGUCCAGAGGAUUAACAGAGAGAAGCUGCAGGAGAAGAGAAGAGCGAUCCGUGUCCUCAUGUCCCGGCAGCAGUGUCCAACUCCGUAAAGAGAUCCACAGAUCGUCUCCUGUGGAGGGUUAGGUGGAUCAUUACGCACGCUCACUAACUUCUUCCUCUGGUGGUGGAUCUGUCUCAGUGGAGGGUCAGCUGUGUGUGUCUGUGUGUGUGUGUGAGGUGGGGGUCUGCAGACAACAUGCCAGGAGAUGGAUUCACGAUCAAAAGUCGCCUCAGGAAUUUGCUGCGCUCUCCCUCAACUAAGCAAAAGAAGAACAGGAGAGAAAACCUCAGCAGCAAGGUGACGUUGGAGAAGGUUCUGGGCAUCACUGCUUCAGGAAACAGUGGUCUGGCCUGUGACCCCCACUCUGGGCUAGUGGCCUACCCUGCUGGGUGUGUGGUUGUGCUACUGAACCCCAAAAAGAACAGACAGCACCACAUAAUCAACACUUCAAGAAAGACCAUCACAGCUCUAUCCUUCUCCCCUGAUGGCAAGUUCUUGGUCACAGGAGAGAGUGGUCACCUACCGGCAGUGAGACUGUGGGACGUGGCCGAGCGACGACAGGUGGCGGAGCUCCAGGAGCACAAAUAUGGCGUCUCGUGCGUGGCCUUCUCCCCCAACAGUAAAUACAUCGUCAGCGUGGGAAACCAACAUGACAUGAUGGUGAACGUGUGGGCGUGGAAGAAAGACGUCGUUGUCGCAGCCAACAAGGUGUCGAGUAAAGUGACGAGUGUGUCUUUCUCUGAGGACAGCUCCUACUUUGUGACUGUGGGGAACAGACACGUCAAGUUCUGGUAUCUGGAUCACUGCAAGGCCAGCAAGGCCAGCGCUCCCGUCCCGCUGCUGGGCCGCUCGGCGCUGCUGGGAGAGCUGCGGAACAACUUCUUCUGCGAUGUGGCCUGUGGGCGGGGCUCUAAGUGGGACUCCACCUUCUGCAUCACCUCCUCCGGCCUGCUGUGCGAGUUCAACAGCAAGAGGAUGCUGGACAAGUGGGUGGACCUGCGGACGAGUGUGGCCCAGUCUCUGUCCCUGUCCGAGGAGAUGAUCUUCUGUGGCUGCGCUGACGGAACGGUGCGAGCCUUCAGCCCUGCCAACCUGCACUUUGUCUGCACGUUGCCCCGGCCGCACCCCCUUCGCGCUGACGUCUCGGCCAUCACCCAGGCCAGCCACCUAUUUUCCACCAAGGCAGAUGACCGUUACCCAGCAGCCAUCGCGGUGACCUACGACCCCCUCGGCCACUGGCUCAGCUGUGUGUAUAAUGACCACAGUCUGUAUGUGUGGGAUGUGAGAGAUGUGAGCAGGGUGGGGAAGGUGCACUCUGCCCUGUUCCAUGCUGCUUGUGUCUGGGACCUGGAGGUUUUCCCCGAUGUUCCCGGGGAAGUGGCGGCUGGUUUGUCAUCGGGCGCCUUCCUCAGUUGCUCGGCUGAUAACACCAUCAGACUGUGGCGCAUAGACGACUGGUCUCAGACUCGUGUUCAUUUCCAGAACAUCCUCAGCAGGGAUCUCCUGAAUAUAAUCUAUGUAGAUGGAAACACUGCAGCAUUACUGGAUGCAGACUGUGUGACGAAUGCAGAUAAAUCAGGGGAUGGACAGGCGACAGAAAGCAGGACAGGCAUCAGGACCAUCUGUGUCAGUCCAGACGGCAAACACCUGGCUUCUGGAGACCGCAACGGCAUGCUGAGGGUUCAUGACCUCAGCAGCAUGGCAGAGAUUCUGAAGGUGGAGGCCCAUGAUGCUGAGAUAAUCUGUCUGGAGUACAGUAGCCCAGAAACAGGUCUGAAGCUGUUGGCCACAGCGAGCAGGGACCGUCUGAUCCAUGUGUUGGAUGCUGAGGAUGACUACAGUCUGGUGCAGACGCUCGACGAGCACUCUUCAUCCAUAACAGCCGUCCGCUUCGCUGCCAACGAGAACAAGGUGAGGAUGAUCAGCUGUGGAGCAGACAAGAGCAUCUACGUCCGGACUGCACACAAGACGGACAGAGGGACAGAGUUCAGGCGCUCCCACCAUAUGGUGAGCAAGGCCACGCUGUACGACAUGGGUGUAGACCCCACCUGCAAGUACGCUGCUGCCGGCUGCCAAGAUCGCUGCAUCCGGAUUUUCAACAUCAGCAGUGGCAAGCAGAAGAAGCUCUAUAAAGGAUCGCUGAGUGAAGAUGGCAGUCUGCUUAGGGUGCAGAUCGAUCCCUCAGGUCAAUACGUGGCCACGAGCUGCUCUAAUAAAAACAUCAGCAUCUUUGACUUCUACACAGGGGAGUGUGUCGCCACCAUGUUUGGACACUCUGAGAUUGUCACAGGGAUGAAGUUUACCAACGACUGCAAGCAUUUGAUUUCUGUGUCAGGUGACAGCUGUAUCUUUGUGUGGCGACUGGCUCCAGAGCUGACGAUCAGCAUGAGGGAGCGGCUCUUCCAACUCAGACAGAACCCAAACACGCCGCCCGCCACCACCAGCCUCAGGCGGGAGGUGUACAGCGCCCCCACUCUGGGCACCAUGUCCUCAGACAGUGACCACGAGCCUGAGGGGGAGGACGGGGCGGAGAACGCUGCUGACCCCGAUGACCCUGAAGACACCGCAACCACCGCUUCCUCUGAGAGCAGCCAUGGCGAGGAGGACACAGGAGGCUCAGAUGAAGGACAGGAGUGGGAGCAGACAAAGCAUGCAGUCAUCAACCAGGUCGCCCCGGACCCUGCCAAGCGUCCACGCCGCCGCUGGUCUCAUCGUAUGGGCACUCUGGAGCUGAUGGUCAAAUCCAUGCUGGACCUGAGGCAGCUGGAGAGCUUAUCUCACAAGAAAAGCCCCCACGGCCCAGUGAGACAGAGCACGUCCAGUCUGCAGGAGCCCAUGUUGGAGGAGAGAUCCAAGAGGCAUCAGGCCUGGCCACAUGCUGACUGGCUGUCCUCACACACGUCCAAGGGCAUCAAGGGGAACGACGGAGCAGUGUUGUACCCCGAGGACAAAGAGGAGAGCACAAGUCUACAGGGCAGUGAUUACAUAGUGAAGGAGCAGCACCGCAGGAUGCAAGGACGAGGGAUCCGCAGUGAGAGCCAGGACAGCCGCAGCCCGGACAGCGCCUGCUCCCUGGGCUUCGACCACAGGGAGUCCAGCCUGGAUGGGGUCCUGGAUGAUUUUGCAGAUGUGGAGUCCCUGAGCCCGGACAGCUGCGACGAGGAGGACGAUGAAGAGAGGGAGGAAGUGAAACAAAAGGCAGAAGUGACGAGUAUGGACGAGGCUCUGAGGACGGUGACCGACAGUGCCGGCCGCAGCCGAGAAGACUUCCUCAAGCAGAACUUUGAAACGCUGACAGAGAGCUGCAGCACGGCUGAGCAGAGCAAAGUCCCCAGGCUCAGCAUGUCUUCACGCUUCCUGGCCAGAGGACAUAAUAACAGGAGCAACCACUCCACCAAGCCUCCUGUGUCAAAGGUACGGCCCUUGAUGGAAGAUGGUCAGAGCAGAAACAUGGAGGACAAGACCCCAGUGUCCCCUGGCUGGACUGAGGGGCCAAACAGGGCCGAUGCUCCAGAGAAGGAGUGCACCCCCACCCUCAGAACCGAAAAGAAGAAGAAGACGUCCAGGUCCCACCUGUGGAGGAUGUCCAACCCUCCUCCACCCAAAGCUCCGCUCCUGCUGGACAGAACCACGUGUUUGAUGAAAUCCCACUCUGCUCAGAACCUGGCCUCGGAUGCUCCUCAGUCCCCCGUCCUCUCCACCGACCGAAAGGACCUGCGCAAGAGACCUCAGCAGCUUUUCCUGGACCAAGACACCCCCAGGCCGUCCUUCCACUUUUCCUCGCCCUCCUCGGGCUCUCCCCAGUCUCCCCAGUCCCCCUUACCUUGGGAGAGUCCCAAACUCAAGCCCCAGCACUCCUACAUGAACCCUACAGCCAGCUCCAUGGCCAAAAGCAGCCGCUCCUCCUCCCUGUCGGAAGGUAUCCAGGUCGGGACGCCUCCUUGCUCCCCGUCCUUCCUUAAGGGCAUGAGGUUAUCUGGGGAGAUGGAGGUCGAGCUCCCGCUGUUCACCUCCUCUCCCAUCACUGCUUUCCCCUCUAUCGUCUCUUCAUCGUCAUCCGUAUUGUACCCUCUGGCAAAAAGUCCCUCCCCUGCUUCUCCCCAUCGUACAGCUGCAGUUUCACCUUCGACUUUUACCCACAACAUUCCACCCUCUCGCAUCCCGCUGCCCAAGCAGCCUCUCAGCCCUCGACGCAGCCUCUGCCUGGAGGUAAAACCAAGCACCAGUGGGUUUGGAGGCCUCAGAGACCCCCAGUGUGACUUUCCAGGAAACAAACAAGCAAUAGGUCGACAUCUGUCUCUAAGUUUGGAUCUUUCUUUGCCGAGUUCACUAUCAGUGAAGCAGAGUGGAGGCUCGGUUCCUAAGAGUGCCUAUGAGUCAGGACAGGUGGCUGCGGCUAAAGAGUGCCCUCUGCUGCGCGGACAGGCCCCUGCAUCGAGCACUGACCCUCAGCCAGAUCACUCUAUCACCCUGGAAACUUGCAGGCGGACGGUUAUCGAGCUUCACAACAGUCUGAGCAAGACCAUCAUGCUCUACACCACGGUUCUACAGAGUGGCCACCAGCCCAGUGAGGACCAGCAGCAGAUGAGGAGACUCCUGUCCGAGGCCAUGUUCACGGUGAAGACGGAGCUGGACUCUCUGCUUCAGCCGCCCUCACAGUGCGAGGGGAACCAGGACCAGGACCAGGACCAGGUGGUGAAGGGGUAAGGAGACAAGGCCCUCGCUCUGCUGGAGCAGUACGCUGAGCUGCUGCUGAGGUCUGUGGAGAGGAGGCUGGAUACCAAGACCUGAAGUCUGCUAUGCAACACAUGAACAAACGUAUGCACACUCAGUAGCACUGUGAAUUGCACACUUGUUAUUUGCACAGAGAUGUUUUUAAACUUAAUCUUUUUUAACUGUAAACUCAUGAGAUGUUAUUAUAUUUGAAGAAAUUGGAACUAAAUCACGAGUGUCAUGCACUGAAAUAAUGAGUAAAAAUGUUGCCUUAUUUUUCAAGAUGCCAUAGUUUGUUUUCCACUUUUUCUUAAACCUUAAUGAGUGGAUAUGUAAUGAAGGGAGACACUAGAGGAACAAUGAGGAAGUUACAUGAAGAGCACAGUUGGUAUAAAACUGAUUCAGAUAAAACUGAAUUCAGUUCAGUUGUAUAUCACUAAACAGCCACAUGGUAAAUCUCAGACACUUAACAGAGUACGACUAAAGUGCUGACUGCAGGACAGUCACAUCAUCAGGUCCUCUCUGCUUGUGGGACAACAAUCUUUUCGUUUUAUAUAUUAAUAAAAACAGAGGGUUGUGACGGAGGGAUCAUGUUCAGGUGGGACGAUAAAGGAAGUGAAGCUCAGGAGUAGGGUCACGUGUCAGAUGAAGGAUAUGGACAAGACUGAAAUUUAGCCAUGUGAUUCUCUUUUAUUGCCAGUAGUGUCUCCUUCAAUACAAAAGUAGCUGUAACCUUUGAUACAGUUAUUGCUUAAUGUAUGUCAUGUAAUGAAGAUUUGUUAGUGUCUGUAUGUAUGAACGUUUUCAUUGUGCUGGUUUUACAGGGUUUUUAGAAAGAUCUUUGUAUUCUGUUGUUGUCAAACACAGAAGAAGUCUCUUACAAAAAAUAAACAAUGAAGACGUUG